AUGGGGAUAGGAGCCUUUGGAGAGGAAGGGGCUCUCUGGUUACUGGAGGUAGAGCCUCAGAGGGGCAUGGAAGGGCUGGCCAUGCUGAGGCAGCUCAUCGGUCAGCUUCAGGAGCUCGUUGAAGUCUACGGCUCUCACCCUCAUUACCAUCUUCAACAACAUCAUCAUCUUCAUCUUCAACCUUCUCUUCAGUUUCAGCUUCCUCUGCUCAAUCAUCACUCUCAACAGCAGCACCAACAGCACCAACACCCAAGGUGGUGCCCAAUUAACAUUGAUGAAGGUUCUCCAGAUGAUUACUACAGUUUUAUGAUGGCAGCUGGAAAAUCUGGAAGUUUGAAGAUGUUGGAACCUUGCAAGCCUCCUCCUACUAAGAGAUCUCGUAAGGAGAGAACCCGGGGUAAAUCAUCUGGAACUACCAAUACCACUGAGCCUAUGGAACAGCAUAUUUGGAAAGAUUUCCCGGAAGACCUUUAUGAAGUUGUCAUUGCAAGGCUUCCCAUUGCCACAUUUUUCCGAUUUCGUACUGUUUGCAGGAAAUGGAAUUCCUUGCUUGAUUCUGAAAGUUUCUCUCAACAUUGUGCGGAGGUCCCACAAGCUACUCCAUGGUUUUACACCAUCACUCAUGAAAAUGUGAAUUCUGGGGCCAUGUAUGACCCAUCCUUGAAGAAGUGGCACCAUCCCACCAUUUCUUCUCUGCCAACAAAGCUGAUUGUUUUGCCAGUGGCUUCAGCGGGGGGGCUGGUGUGUUUUCUUGAUAUUGGUAAUAGGAACUUCUAUGUGUGCAACCCUCUGAAUCAAUCUUUUAAAGAGUUGCCAGCCAGGUCAGUCAAGGUCUGGUCUCGUGUUGCUGUGGGGAUGACUCUGAAUGGGAGUUCAACUAGUGAGGGAUACAAGAUCCUAUGGGUGGGUUGUGAUGGUGAGUAUGAAGUCUAUGAUUCCGUGAGGAAUUCUUGGAUCCGUCCCGGAAUCAUGCCGUCGAGUGUUAAGCUGCCCCUGUCGCUGAAUUUUCGGUCGCAGGCUGUUUCAAUUGAUGACACACUCUACUUCAUGCGUUCAGACCCUGAAGGGAUUGUGUCAUAUGAUAUGGUCACUGGGAUUUGGAAGCAGUUUAUAAUUCCCACCCCGCUGCAUCUGACUGACCACACACUUGCUGAAUGUGGAGGCCGGAUCAUGCUAGUGGGGUUGUUGACAAAGAAUGCUGCCACGUGCGUGUGCAUUUGGGAGCUGCAGAAAAUGACACUUCUAUGGAAGGAGGUUGACAGAAUGCCAAAUAUAUGGUGCUUGGAGUUCUAUGGAAAGCACGUAAGGAUGACUUGCCUGGGUAACAAAGGCUUGCUCAUGUUGUCCUUGAGGUCAAGACAGAUGAACCGAUUGGUUACAUAUAAUGUGUCAAGCAGGGAAUGGCUGAAGGUCCCUGGUUGCGUGGUGCCACAUGGGAGGAAGCGGCAAUGGAUUGCAUGUGGCACUGCAUUUUAUCCAUGCCUGACUGCUGUGGCUUGA